GAGAUGGAGCAGGGCAGGGGGAUGGAGCAGGGCAGGGAGAUGGAGCAGGUCUGGAUGCUGAGCUUUGUGUCACUGCUCCGGUUCCUGUCCCACAGCCUCACAUUGCUGCUGGUAUUUCUGACCCCAGGUUGCUGGUGCUGAGGGAGUUGCUGGGACAGGGAGGGACAGGGCUGCUCAUCUCAGUGUCUUUUAUGGCUCUGGUUGUCCUCUCUGCUGGGGUCUGUGCCACGGCUGCAGUGUCAGAGGGUGCAGCUGUGCCAGUAACCAGAAAGAUUCAUCCACAGCCACCUGUAGUGGCACAGUGUCCCUGCUCCCGUGGGGGACCCGAGGGUGAGCAGCAGCUUUAACAGGUCCAGGAGGGUCCAUCCUGGGCUGGGACUGGGAGCUGACAUCAAUGAGCUGGAGCAGCAUCCGCUCUCCUCGUUUUCUGCACACGUGUUCACAUUUGCCAAGCCUGGGAAUGCUGGAGGGGACUGAUUUAAAAAACAUCCCAGUGAAAGAAGCUUAAGGUCUCCUAUACAGAGGAGAGACAGCCAGGCUUUGAGUGUGUGCAGCACAGGAGGGCUCUGAGCUGUGUGUGAGAAAGUCUCCAUGGCACAGGGAACUGAGCAGUGUCCGUGGUUGUCACAGUGCCACGGGAUGCCACAGGGAUGGGCAGCUCUGGGAUCUGCCUCAGGGCUGUGUCCCAGAGCAGCACAAACCCUCAAUGUGCUCUGUCUUUCCCAGCUCAGAGCAGGAUGCAGGUGGAAGUGGUGGGUUUCCAGCAGCCCUAAUUCUUGGGAAUAUGAGAGAUUAAGGUUAGUGACCAUUUUUUAACUCAAUAAAGGGGAAGACAAGCUGUAGUCUGCAGUCCAGAGAUAUAAUUAGUUCGCAGCAGUGGUGCUUUCUUGAUUUAGCUUCAGAGAGCAGAACAAGACAAGGAUGUUAUACCCAAUUAGCAAUAACAUACAGCCCGAGCCUAGCUAGGUGAGAUAACAAGCCAUUUUUAUAGCUCUUCUUUACAGACUUUUUUUUUUGAAAGAAGGGGGGAAAGAAGAAAGGGACUGAGUCUCGAUUUCUUUUCAUCAGGGAACAAUUAUAAGUGAGCACAGAAAACCCAAAGCUGAGUGAUCUGUUGGCCAGUGCAGAUGAUAAAACAAAUCAAACAGCUCAGAGCUGGGCUGGGGCCGUCUCUCCAUCCAGCUGGGGGAGGCUGAGCAGGUGACAGCCGUGUCCUGGCAAGGACACUGCCAAGGGCCACCCACACACCCUGGCCACUGCUGUGAGGCUUUGUGGCACGUGGCCCUCGGGGACCUGGUGCAGGUGAGGUGGCCAUCAGUGCUGUGCUGGCUGUGUCCCAUCCCCGGCAAUGUGACCCCGAGCCGUGUCCCCUGUCAGCGAGGUGACCCUCGCCGUGUCCCCAGCGCAGCCCCGGUCAGAUGGCAGCCGCCUGCCGUCUGCCAGCUCCACGGUCCCUUUGUGUUACAGAUCGAUGGCCAUCGAUUUUUCCUCCCGUGUAAACCUGCCCGGGCCAGGGCUGUGCAGGGUUUUUGUGCACGUCUGGCUCCGUCUGUGCCGUGCUGCUCCCCGAGCCCACCCAGCUCCCGCUCGCCUCUGCAGCAGUGAAACUCAAGGACAUCGGGAAAAACAGCCCUGCAAAGAGUCAGGGAAACUCGGGUUCCAUUAAUCAGCUGUUAAUGACGGGCUCUGCUGUUCGGUGGGGUUUUUGCAGUCUCUCUCCUCGCUCACCAGGGUGGUACCUGCUGGGGAUGGAUGGGGCUGUGCUUUGGGCACAGGGUGGCCCAGUGCUUCCUUCAGCCUGGGGACACUCCUGCUGCACAGGGGGCUCAGUGUGGGUGACAUUCUCCCUCCUGAUGUUGCCCCCACCCCUGGAGCCACCCCUCUGAUGUUACAGAGCCUGGAGAUGGAGCAGGAGCCUGCUGUCCCCCUCCGUGUCCUUCCUGUCACCUCCGUGUCCUUCCUGUCCCCUUGUCAGAGUUUUACAGCCUGACAGGCGAUGGUGUGGCUGCCUGGGACCACUUGAGCUCAUCCCAUCACACCCCAGCCCACCCGCAGGAGCCAGGCUGGGACAUCCCGGCUUGUCCCCACCGGGAGCCGCUCUCCGGGCUAUUAACACCCCGCGAUGAUCAUCAGCUCUCGUCGUAAUCAUUAAGACUAUUAGAAAGAAAUGUUGGCUCGCAGCUCGUGUCAGACUUUCCGUUCUGCUUUGCAAACGCACACAAUUAAUGCCAAUCAGGCGGGGGAGGCAGCCAGCUCCGAUCUCGGCUGCUCCCAAUCCCGGCUGUCAGCUCUCCCCAUCCCGCCUGGAACAUUUUCAUACAAUUGCUAUAAACAUCUGAGGGAAACUCCGUGUUCUUCGGCAGUGCUGAGUAUUGUUCUCUGUUCCUUUUAAUUACUCGGCAUUCAGCGGCUCAUCCGGCCUCCGAUCGGUGGGGAAAGUAGGGAUUUGUAAAACAAAUAGAGAAAUCUGGAGAGAUGCCUUAUUUUCCCAUUUGGCGGCUGCGUUGUCUAUGGCAAAAUAAGAAAAUCCUAUUUAGUUUUUGUCUUUUUCUUCCUUGCUUCCCCUGGUUCUUUCUCCCCAGAAGGGCACAGCCUGGUCUGGCUCCCAGGGAACCCCAAAAGCAGGGUGAGCUUGGGAGAAGUGGGGGAAGAGCUGGAAUUACUUGGCCGGAUGGUGGUAUAAUCCUUGUUACAAAAGUACACAUCAAUUAUAAGAAUUCCUACAGUAAUCUUGGAAAUCUAUCUUUUCUGCUGAACCAGCUCAUUAAAGAGCACCAUUCAUUUCCAUCUCUCCGGGUGAGAAGGGUUUAAAUCUCCAGAGCUUUGUGUUACCAAAUAGACUGAGGGUGAUGGACUCGCGUUAAAUAUUAAAAGGAACAAGUUGAUUUUUAUUUUUUUUUUUUCACCUUUUUUUCCCCCAGACCAGCAGCACAGACGAAGUUGAACGUAAGGAAAGGAGGGUGGGGGGUCAGUGUGCGAUGCUCAAUGGGUACCUUUGAGGACCCUCCUCCUUUCCCUUGUCUUGGGGACCCCUCCAGCCCUGGGGGAGGAGGGAGGGAGUGAGGAAGGUUUCCCCAGGCCACCCUGGCAAGCCCCUGAGCCUGCGCCGGAGCCGGCCGUGGCACAGGCAGGGCUUUUGUGUGCCGGCCGGGUAGUGGGCGGCUGCAGGGUGAGGGAUGGGCACAGAGCCCCUUUGUGUGCAGCUGCAGGAUGUGUGAUAGGGCCCAGCCGUGGGGAUGGGGAGCUGGUAGCUGGGAGGAGGAGAGGGUAGCCAGGGAUGGGGAGCAGGACCCAGGAUGGAGAGCAGCGGCCGGCCGGGGUCGAGGGCGGCGCGGGGCGAUGUGUGCGCUGCGCCGAGGCUCUGUGCAAACAUGUUAAUUUGUUUUCUUUCUUGCCUCGCCUUUCAGGGUAAUUGGUUGCAUUUGAAGCCUUUGUGAAAGCCUUUGAUUAUAGUAAUUUCAGCAGCGCGAUCUACCCUGGAUUCCUUCGUCAGAUUCUUUCACAGCUCCGGCACUUGGGGCUGUAAUUACGGAGCGGAGCGCGCCCGGCUGCCGAGUGUGGGGCAGCUGGACGGGGCACCGUGGCCGUGGGAGCACAGGGACUGUCACUGCAGGGGACAAUCAAACCCUUGGGAUGAGGCAGGAGCGAGCCAGGAUGGGACAGGAACUGUUAUGGGGAGCUUUGGUCCCUGCACUGCUGAGUUUGUUGGGUCUCAGCUGGAGGUGUGGAUGCUGCGAGUGUCCGUGGUGAGGUUGCCCGUGGUGAGGUUGCCCAUACUGAGGUUGCCCAUGCUGAGGUUGCCUCCUGGCUUGUUGGGGUCCAAAAUGCUUUUGAUGGAGCCACUUUUCUGCUGGUUGAUCCCAGGUCUGUGCUGGGGCUGGGACUAAAGCCUGAGCAUCCAUGACAGGCAGCUCCCCCCACCCCCUGUUCCCAAUCCACGUGCAGGAGGAAGGCACAGGCACAACUGUGGUGGAUCAGUGAGGUUUUGCUUUGAGGAGCUGGUGGCACAUCUGAGGGGACACGUCUGUACAGGUCUGGCAGGACCUGGCAGAUCCUGCCCGCCCGCUGCGCGCUGGCCCUGCCGGGACCUCGGUGCACGCAGCCAGGGCUGAGCCCUGCCAAAAACACCGACGGCACCCGAGCGGGGCCCUGACCUUUGCUAGCGGGGCCGCUCCCCCCUCGCUCCUGGCAUUUUGUUCCCAGUCCCACGUAAUGACCUUCUCGGCAGCGCCGUGCCAGCGUCUGCCACUUCCAAUUACCCACGGCUGCUCGGCGCCCGCCGCAGCGCGCGGGGCUCCUUCCUCCCCGGCGGGAUGGCAGCAGGAUGGGGGGAUGCUGCACUGUGAUCCCCCACCCUCCAGGCUUGGGGAGCCUCCAACAGCACCCAAAGCUCUGGGUUCCUGCUCCGGGGUGCUUGGCUUUCCAGAAUCAUUAUUAACCUGUUCGAGAGCUGUUCCCGCUCGCAGCGAAAAUAGAUCUUUAAUCUCUGCCCAAAAUAGCUCAUUUGAUGAGAGGCCUCCUUAAAGCUGACACAUAAAUUUAACCAGGCCGCCCGAGCCCUGCACGGGGACGUCUGCAAAUGCUCAACAGCACUUGAAUUGUUGGGUUUUUUUAAAUUCCAUUGUUACGGACGCAUCUGAUACUGUAUUCUUCCAUAGGGUCUUUGGAACUGCUCAGGAGGUGAUUUGCCAUGCCCUGUCCCAGUUCCUUUGGCCCUGCUUGUGAGCAAAAGGUUAUUCUGGGGUGUUUUUUGAUGCUGACUUACUCGAACAGUCCAAGGGGUUUCUCCUUGGAGCUGCCACGAGAGCAGAAACCUCAUCUCUGAGUGGGAUGGGAGAGACACGAGAUGCUGCUGUGGAUGCCAGCAGUGAGGGUCCUGGUCCAGUGCCACUCUGUCCCUGGCACUGUGCCAUGGCUGGUAGGCUCUGUGCCAUCCUGGUGUCACAGCAGCCCAGAAAAAAGGGGGAAAUGGGGAUGCUCAGGGUGUCACAGCUCUGCUCAGCACCAGGUCCAGUGCUCACUCCAACACCUUCCCAGCAUUUCUACAGAGCAUGGGCUGGGAGAAGCCACUUGGCUGCUCUGGCUCUCUCCCCCAGCCCCCCACAGUCCCCACAUCCCAGCGAGACCCUGAGCAGCAAAAUAAUCACUUCCAGCAUCAUUAUCCGUCGCAAACCCCAGCUUCCAAUUUUAAUCAGAGGAGCUGGUGUUGCUUUAAGAUCUGCGGGUUUUAAAGAUCACAAGAGGGGUUAGAGAAAAUUACCCUUGACUCUUACAUGCUAAUGUAAUCUCUAACCAGAUCUGCAGCACUGCAGCUAAAAUUGCUUUUUAGAUUAACAUUUAAUUAUUAACAGGGCCCCCUGAAAGGCCCGGGGCUGGAGCACGCGGAGGGGAGCGGAUUAGCCAGGCGGGAUGAGGGAAGGUCGGGCAAGGGAAGGUCGUGGGGUGACCAGCGGCACCUUUGGUGACAAACUUUGGGUUUUAUUGUACCUGAUGCUCCCCAUAGUUCACCUUUGUGUACUCACUUCAUGUAGGGCAGAGCUGUGGCAUCGCUGCAUCCCCUGCACCCUAAAUCUGGAUGGGAGAUGGGUACGGCAGUGCCCAGCAGCAGCAGCUGGAAUCCUGCUCGCCCUGCAGUGGGGACAACAUCCACUGUGUGCAGAGGGGAUUCCUUCCUCCUCUGGCACCUCCUCACCCUCACCCCUGGGUGGGAAAUCAGUGUCCUGGGACCAGUGGUGGUGGCAGUGGCUGGGUGGUGAAAGCAAACCCCGAUGUCCCUGGGGCUGUGAGGAAGGGGAGCGCCCUGCUGGUGUGGUUGGAUUCUCCUCCAUCCAUGGAGGGAUGAGGGACAGGGCUGUUCCCAGUUGUGCUUUUGGGUGUAUUCUGCACACCAGGGGCCAGUGAGGGCUUUUGCUUUGUUUCUCUGGUUACUGCCAGCCUUGGCCUUGCCCUGUACUGUCCGUGUGUCUGUCUGGCACUGUCAGGAGCCUCCUGUGCCUCUCCCUGCCAGGGUGACCCCUCACCUCCCGUCCUUGUGCCAAACCCAGUGCUGGCUUUUAGCAGCCAAGGGGGACGUAGCCGUGGUGUGAUUCCUGGUCCUGUCCCCCUUUCCUCUCCUAACCCCAAAAACCCCCUCUUUAUGGGAUUGCACCCCAAUAACACCCAGGGAAGGAUCUGGAUUUGUUCCACCACAGCCUGGAUGGUGACCAAGACCUUGUCCCUCACCGUCCCUGCCCUGCCACAGCUCGGCAGCUACACAGACCCACUUCAGGCUGAGACUUUAGAAGUUCCUUUUUCUUUUCUCCCCCCUCCCGUCACAUUUUCUUUUAUCUAAAUCCUCGCCUGCAAAAGCCUCUAUCGACAGCUGCGCUGGCCUUAUCUCGCGGGAGGGACCUUCGCAGGGCUCUCGGAGGAGAUAAGCCCGACUUAUCAGCUGCUGAUGUCAGAGGAGGUGCCAAACCCUCCCAUCACUGGGGCUUUAGACAUAGAGGGUGGUGUUUUUUAUUAAAGUCACAAAGACCUUGGGCUUAUAAAUAGUGUGAUGUCGAGAUGGAUUAGCUGGGUGUGGGGCAGGAUGGAGUGGUGGGAGAGGGGAAGGAUGCAGUUGUGACUCCCUGGAAAUGUUCAAGGCCAGGUUGGACAGGGCUUGGAGCAGCCCGUCCAGUGGAAGGCAUCCCUGUGCAUGGCAGGGAGUGGAACAGACUGGGCUUUAAUGUCCCUUCCAGCCCAAAACAUUCUGUGAUUGUAUGAUGCCAGAGCUGUGGGAUGUGGGGGAUCUUGCUCCAGAUGUCCCCAAGGCACCCCAAGGUGGUGGGACUCUCCCAGUGCUGGAUGAUGGGGGUCCAUGGGCACAACCUGGGCAGAGGCCAUGCGGACUCGGGGUGUUCCAGCAAAACUGCUGAGUGUUGCCUUCCCUGCCACGAAAGAGCCAGAGCAGCUUGAACUAAAUCGGAUCCUGCUGAUUGGAAUUAGUUCAAAUGCAGAUGGAGCUAACUAAGCCGGCGCUAAGCGUUGGACAGCCCAGCGCCCAAUUCCCAUCAGCUGAUUCAGGGGCUUUUCGGAGCGGCUUUAGCGAAAUGCCACCGUGGCACAGAUGCCCAUUGUGCCAGGCGCCCACCCGCUCGCCCACGGGCCUUCUGGGGCUUGGGGCUCCCGGCAGGGCGCCGGGGUGGACAGAUGGACGCUGUUCUGGGCUCGUGGCACCGGAGCCUUGCCGGUUCUGAGCGUGCCUGUGAAGGUGGAGCGAGGCGCAGCGUAGCUGUCGGAAAAAUCAUCUCGGCUGCGAGACGCCGGGAGACGGGGGCAGCAGCAGGGUCUGAAUUAAUCGGUGCCUUUAUUCGGUUUGGCGUGUGGCUCCCGCGCCUCCCCCGCCUGCUGCCGAGGAUGAUCCGUGCCCAGGGUCGGGAUGGCUCCAGGAGGGAGCUGGGCUGUGCGUGGCAGAGCGGUGGUGGGGACAACCUGUGCCAGCAUGGGGGUGUCCCCAGGGACCUGCUGGACCCUCAGCUCCUGUGCCAGGUGCAUCCACACGCUCCCUGUGCCUGCACCUAAGUUUGGUGACUCCCUGGAUGCUUUCCCUUUGCUCUCAGCCCUGUGUGCCACUGGGACCACCGGGGGCCUGAUCCGCAUCUGGCAGCAGCAUGAGCCGCCCACGCCACCUGUGUCUGCCAGGGACACGGGUCAGUGUCCCCCCCGAGGGGCUGCCUCGGUGCAGGGAGCGGGUGACGUCCGCCACUAAUCGGCCAGAUGGUGACACCCAGCAGGACGCCAGCCCCGAGGUCACCGCGGAGCCCAGGCUCAGGUACAGCAGGAACCAGUGCUGUCACCCAUCCCCUGCUCGGCUGUGGGUGCUUUGAUCCAGGGCCACCCCUCGGGGACAGGGACAAGGUCAGGGUGGCAGCUCCUGUAAUGGAAAAUCCGGGUGUUGAGGCACCAGGAGCGGGGCUGCGUAAUGAACCCCGAGUCCCGGCGGGGAGAGGAGAACUCCUGGCAGUCAAGUGCGCUCAGGCUCUGAAUAAGAAGCACUUCAUUCUCUUUUCAAAUUGUAUAAUUUCUGCCUGAUUGUAAUGGCAUAUUUUAAAAUUACCAGAAAUCGAAGCCAGAAAAUGGAUACGGCUGCUUUUACUGCGAGCUGCGUUAACAAAGGAUAUGUAAUGCAUGAAAUAAAAACACCUCCCUGCCCCCCUCCUUUUUUUUUUUUAAGACAGUAAUAGGAGAAAAUUGGUUUUGAAACUGAAUAAAAGUCCCUUUCAGAGGAAAUCAUUUCUUUCAGGGUACCUUUGCUGAAAGUAAAAUAGUGAAUAAUGAAAGGUGGUUACAUGAUUGUCUUUCAUUUAGAGAGCGCGAGGACAGAUGGAAUCUGGGAGAAAUGCACGAUUGGAAUAAUUGCAUGGUAACAAGGCGCUUGUUGUGAAAUUAGUAUCUUAAGAAAGUAGUGAAAAAGGCUUUUACUCAUGAAUACUUCAUUAUUAGGAGAAAACAGCACAAUUUGGGUUCUCCAGACACCUGCUCGGUAUUAGAUGACUUCCUCCCCUCCUCCUCCUCUUCCUCCUCCUCCUCUUCUUCCUCACACCUUUUGCUGAGUAUCUCCUUAUCCCUGGUUUGCUGGGGGAGUCAGGGUGAGCCCCUGAGCCUGAUGAGCCCAGCUGAGGCAUGGACACUCUGCAUGGAUCCCAUGCUGGGGGUUAUCCCAGAGCCUGGCACUCCCUGCUGGAGGGCACAGAGCAGGAGCGAGCACAGGUCCCGUUGUCUGCGCCCAUGGUGGCUGAAGGUGUUUUGAAGGGUGACAUUUAAACCAGCAGAGCUUGGAGAGCCCUGGGCACAGCUUGGGGAGCGUCCAUCCGUGUUUUGUUUCCUGGUUCUGAUGGUCAUGGGCUCUGCCAGUGCCUACCCGAGGCCACCACGUGCCUGAGGCCACCUCAUCACUCCCCUCAGCACUGGGACAUGCAGGAAACAUCUCAGAUGGCUGCAGGAGGACACAAUUCCCUCCCAACGGAGAAGAUGGAGUGAUGUACCCAGCAGUGACACCCAUCCACGAUGUGCAGCUGUGACCCCCAGCCGUCCAUAAACAUUCAACCAGGAGCUGAAACGUGGAUGGGCACCACGCCUGCUUUUCUGCUGCUCCUGCCCACGUCUCCCUGCCCUCUCCGAGUGGGAAUAUCACUCCCUGCGCCAGCCAGAGCUGUGGGAGGGUGUCAGCAGCAACUGGUUAUAACUCAGGGCCCCGGCAGCAGCUGGGGAGGGAUGUACAAUGAGCAGCGCCGUGGUGACGACAACUUUGGCCUGACCUCUCCAGCUUUUGCCGAGCAGAUUUUGAUGCCAGCUGGGAGCUGGCGACAGAUCCCGGGACCCCGAGUGGGAUGUUAACACCGCCUUUCCCCAGCCUUGGCCGGGGUCACUCCGUGCCAGGAGGCACCGGCUGGCACGCCAGCAGAGCGGUCUGGCACCGCCGCGUUCCCGGUGGGAAGGGCGGAAAGCUCUGCAGGAAGCGCGAAUCACCCGCUGAGACCUUCAUAUUUAUUUUAUACACAUCCCUAUUCAUUUCAGGCUUUCAGAGUUCGUUGUUUAUCUCCGGAGGAGCGAAGGCACUGAGUGCUGGGGAGCUCCUGCCGGGUGGUGGUGGCAGGGGGUGGUGGCAGGGGGUGGCAGGUCCCUGGCUCACCGUGUGUCUCCUCUCUCGCAGGGUGUGGGGCGGCAGCGCCCGCAGAGAAGCCCAGACCAUGCUGGCCUGCCUGCAGAGGACGCAGAACCCCCCAGCCCAGCACCUCCCCUGCCCCAACAAGGCGCUGGAGCCACGCAAGUGUGAGACGGCCCCCAUGCAUUCCCCGCGCUACCCCAGCCCCGCCGAGCUGGACGCCUACGCACAGAAGGUGGCCAACAGCCCGCUGACCAUCAAGAUCUUCCCCACCAACAUCAGGGUCCCCCAGCACAAGCACCUUAACCGGACGGUGAACGGCUACGACACCACGGGGCAGAGGUACAGCCCCUACCCCCUGCACGCCGGCGGCUACCAGGGGCUGCUGGCCAUCGUCAAAGCCUCCGGCAAAAGCGUGGUGAAGAACUCGGAGGGGAAGCGGACUAAGCUCUCUCCUGCCCAGGUGGGCGUCGCUCCCUACCCCGCCUCAAGCACUUUAGCUCAAGGUCCCUCCUGCGCCGGGCAGCUGAGCUACCACGGCGGCCAGAAGCAGCUGGAGGGUCCCGUGCCCCCCAACGUGACGGUGGCGGCCUCGGUGCUGCCGCUGGCGGGCAGGAGCCUGGCCCUGCCGCCCUCCAACCUGCCCUCCAUCCAGAGCAUCAUCUACCAGAUCAAUCAGCAGUGCCAGGCGCAGGGUGCCCAGCCCGGCUGCCCAGCCGUGGUGGCCGCACACCCCAGCCCGGCCAAGCACGGCGCCUUCGGCCCCGGCUACGGCGGCACCGUCCUGCCCGAGUGCCGCAAGGGCGCCGAGCUGGCGCUGGGCUCCAACCCGGCCACCGCUGCAGCGCUGGGACCCAAGGCUGGCAUUUACCCCGAGGGCAUGGACUACCUGGUGUGGCAGCAGAAGCAGCAGCAGCAGCACCUGCGAAUGUACAGCGGGGGCAGCGGCGGAGGGGGGGCCCUCAGCAAAUCCCCCGAGACGUGCGCGGGUGCCUCGCGGCCCUACGGGCUGGGCGGCGCGGCCGACAAGGUCAGCUCGUCCCCCUUGAACUGCAUGCACGGCAACUUCGCCGUGGGGCAGUACUUCGCUCCCCCCUGGAACAGCAUCCUGGUGACCCCCAACAGCGACUGUUACAACCCACCAGAGCUGGGGCCCCGCGAGCUGGGGGUGCCCCCGGCCGAGGGGCUGCCCAGCAAGACCCUCUGCAAUACCUCCAUCCUCAGCAGCAGCCUCCAGUCCCUGGAGUAUCUCAUCAACGACAUCCACCCGCCCUGCAUCAAGGAGCAGAUGUUGGGCAAGGGCUACGAGACCGUGUCUGUGCCAAGGCUCUUGGACCACCAGCACGCCCACAUCCGCCUGCCCGUCUACAGAUAAGGGACCGAUGCUGCUCUUCCCAAACCAACCCAGGGCGAGGACUUUGGCGCGAGCUGCGGGUACCGGACCGGGGGGACAGGGAGGGGGACGCGGGGUCGGCUGCCGAAAGGGCUCCCGGGACACUGGCGUUGCACCGGGGUCCCCAGACUGGACACACCCGUGACCCGCUGGAAGCCGAAGGACCGCUUGUCUAUAUAGCUCAGAAAUCAUUUUAUCUCCACGAAUGUGAACAGGGAAUUGCUACGAGUUGCUGCUAUCCAGGGAGGGGAGGCUCUGCUGCGCUGGCGGAGCUCGGUGUCGUGGCCGGCCGGGAGGCUCCAGGGUGGGUCCCAGCCCAGUGAGUGGCCAGGAGGCUCCAUGGUGGCCAGUGCUGACCUGGCAGCUGUCCAGGAGGCUCCACAGUGGCCAGUCCUGGCACGGCAGUGGCCAGGAGGCUCCAUGGUGGCCAGUGCCAGCCCAGUGGUGGCCGGUCCCAGCCCAGCGUGGCCGCAGGGAGCUGGCGUCUGACCUGUAGCUGAAGUCCGUAACUUGCACUGCUUUGAUUAAAGCUAAUAACUGGGGACAGUCUGGAGGCUAUUUAAGAAAAAAAAAACACUUGAAAACUUGAACAGAUUUUUUGGUUUUUAUAAUUCUUUUUUUUUUUUAGUUGACUAGGCUGUACAUCUACGUGUUGGCUGCUACAGAGUCUCCUCCCACCCCUCUUCCUCCUCAUCCUCCUCCUCUCACCCGGCCCCACAGUGGCCACCAGCUCCUAUUCCCACUCAGCCAGGAGGUUUGGGACCCCCUCAGCCCCUCCCUCCUGGGAACCCCCCAGCUCUCACACUUCCAGGCUGUUUUAUUUCCCCCCUUACUGUCAGUUCUACCUUGGUUCUGGGUCGCGGUACCGGGGCGCUCACAUACCUCCUUUUUUUCUUUUCUUUUUUUUUUUUUUUUUUUAAGAAACACCCAAACAAUUCCAAAAUUAUGGUCUGUUAUUCUUCACUCUGUGUAAUUCUGUGUUUAAUAGAUUUGUUCAUUUACAAAAGGCUCCUCACCAUGAAAUACAAAGUGUUUUGAUGUUUAAAGGUAAAAAGAAGAAUAAUAUCCCGAUGAAACCCAAGGUGAUUGUGCUCGGAAAAGAGGUACUGUAUCCCUGAAAGCCUGUUCAAGCACUAAGUGCAUUUACAAAUCUCUGAGAAUGUUUUUUUUUUAUACUAAAAUUGACCAUUAUAUUCUACUGUGAGAAGUGCUGGCUGCACUAUAUUGUUUUAAAAAUGAGAAAACAAAAUGAAAAAAAAAAAAGAAAAAAAAAAAGAAAAAAAAAAAAACCAACACAAAACCUGCAAGCCGUGUGUCCGGAUGGUGUUUUUCCCAAAGUAAAACCAGGAUCUUGCUGGA